AUGAAUACAUCAAAACGCGUACUUGUUUGUUCUGUACCUGAGUGCACAAAUACCCAAGCUAAACGACAUUUCAUUCCUAAGAAGGAUGAAAGAAUUAGGAAAAUAUGGUUGCAAAGGAUUAACAAUCCUAUCUUCGUCGAUAAACCAUCCAGCUACAUAACAGCAAAAGCUGUUUGCGAUAUUCAUUUUGAGGAAAUAUGCAAAAGAGACGAUCACAAGCUCAAGAAUUAUUCACUUCCCUCUUUGUAUGUACCUGGGUUUGCGGGAGUUGACAAUGAAAAAGAACGGUGUUUUUCGUUUCCACCUAAUCCUUACGAAAUGAAAGGGACGCCUCCCAAAGUAAAAAGACUUAUGGACAGUUUCAAAAAUGAAAUGAGAAAAAGGCGCAAGCCAUUGGACAUUGAAGAAGCUGGACCUUCACACGAAGUUAUAAAUCACCAACAAACAUUGGACAUUGAAGAGGCUGGACCUUCAUAUCCUCUACAAACAGCAGUUGUCCAAAGGAAUAUGCUUAUCAUACUGAGAAUCCUAACCGAGAAAAAUCCCUGA